UUCAGCGAUGGCGUCGGUGGAGUUACGGCUGGAUCACUUGCCUUCAGAUCCGCUCCUGCUGAUCUUCUCUUUCCUGGACUUCAGGGAUCUGGUUCACUGCAGUCUGGUGAGCAGGAGGCUGAGUGAGCUGUCUGGACACAGCCCACUGUGGAAGAGACUUGGCUGCAAACACUGGCUCCUAACAGAAAGUGACAGGGCUGAGAGUGGCUUGUCGUGGCGUUCUCUGUUCAGACACUAUUACUGUGACCUGGGCCGCUACAUUGGACAUUACACGGCUCUGAAGAGGGCCUGGGAGCAGCUCAAGUCCUUCCUCCAACAGAGAUGUCCACGCAUGAUAGCAUCACUGAAAGAUGGCGCCACAGAGGAGGAGCUUGAUGCCAUUGAAGCUCAGAUAGGCUGCAAACUACCCACUGACUAUCGUUGUUCCUACCGCAUUCACAAUGGACAGAAACUGGUGGUGCCAGGGCUGAUGGGCAGCAUGGCCUUGUCUGACCACUACCGGUCAGAGGACCUGCUGGAUGUGGAGACGGCAGCGGGGGGGUUCCAGCAGAGGAAGGGCAUGAAGAAGUGUCUUCCUCUGACUUUCUGUUUCCACACUGGACUCAGUCAGUACAUGGCUCUAGAAUGUACUGAGGGACGCAACGUGUCCGACGUCUUCUACCACUGUCCGGACCAGAUGGCCCAGGAUCCUUCAGCUAUUGACAUGUUCAUCACUGGCUCUAGUUUCUCAGAGUGGUUCAUAACCUAUGUUAACAACGUUGUAACUGGAGAAUACCCUAUUAUCAGAGACCAAGUCUUCAGGUAUGUUCAUGAUAAGCAGUGUGUGGAGACCACUGGGGACAUCACAGUGUCUGUCUCCACCUCCUUCCUGCCGGAGGUCUCGUCUGUUCAUCCACCUCACUUCUUCUUCACCUACCGCAUCAGAAUAGAGAUGUCUAGUGAUGCUCUUCCUGAGGCAGCCUGUCAGUUGGACAGCCGCUACUGGAAAAUCACGAAUGCCAAUGGAAACAUAGAGGAGGUCCGAGGGCCCGGGGUGGUCGGUGAGUUUCCAGUAAUGAUUCCAGGUAAAAUACAUGAGUACGCCAGCUGCACCACCUUCUCCACCACCUCAAAGUUUAUGGAAGGCUACUACACCUUCCACAGACUGGCCAACAAGCAGGAAGUGUUCCACGUGGUCAUUCCUCGGUUCCACAUGGUGUGUCCUCCUUUCAAAGAGUCGCUGGUACGACAGCAGGGAUCAGCCAAUGAUGUGUCCCGCUUCAACGACGAUUAUUCUGAAGGUGAUGAAGAUGACGAUGAAGUUGACGAUCUAAGAGCGAUCAACAUGGGGGCUGCUGAGGGUGGACGAUGCCCUCGACAUGUUUGACCCCUGACCUCCAGCAGGUUGUCCUGCCUCUAUGAAUUACAGCCUCGGUGACCAAUAAGAGACCCGGUUCCGACUUAGCCACACCCUUUCUUCCUUGUUCAUAUUGUUGUCCGGGACACCAAGUUGUAGUGUCCUUCAGAAAGCCGAGGGUCGCCGAGGGGUCGUCUGCAUCUUCAUGCUAAGUGAAAAAGUUAACCAGAACAUGUGACUGGACAUACGGAGCAGACGGCAAACGGGAUUGGACUGUGUCAGUACUGGGCCUCAGUGUACUCUGCUUAAUGAGUUGGAUAAAGUAUUUACAGUAAUUGAUAAGGUAUUUAAAACUUGCCUGCUGGCUGAAGUUUUUCUUUUGAGUCUGUUGUGUUCACAGCUCUGUGUGUGUGUGUGUGUGUGUGUGCGCGCACAUAUAUAU